CGACACAUACGGUACCCAUGUACGUACCUCUCGUACUGCAUCCUACGACGACAAUACUUAGCCUUCCGUGCCAUCCAUGGUUUCGACAUGCGGAUGGCGAAUAGUUUUCCAUGCUUUCCAAAAAAGAAAGACUCGAAGCAUAGAAAGAAAACAACGACUCUCACUAUUCGAAUCAUCCACCAUCUUCGUCAUCCAUCGUCAUCACUGUCGUCAUCGUUUGUCACAGAAGAAAACAACUGCACCUCGCUUUCGACCAACCGAGUCAUUACCACAAACAACGGAAACUCAAACACCCCGCCAACCGAACCACCAUGGCAACAACGAGAACGAGCACGACAACAGCGAGCGGCACGUCAAGGGAAUCGCAAUCUGGGAAACGGCACCGGGCACUUUUCUUGUCUUCCCUGCUCCUCUGCCACUUCUGCCACUCGUAUACCGUUGUAUCAGCGCUCCAGGCAAAGAAUGUCCGGCGUCAAGCUCCUCAAAAUUCCUUUCCGUCGGCAAGAUUGUCGUCUGUCUCGUCGUCGUCGUCGUCGUCGUCGACCACAACCAAUCCGAGAAGGCGUCAGCGCACGUGUUUGUCGCUAGCAUCGUCGUCGUCCGAAGAAAUCGACCGAGGAGGACCAUCAUCACUGCUAAGAAUGCCGCAGAGCAUGACCGUAAACACGAACAUGAACCGACGAGAGGUCUUUUCGAAUUCCGCCAAAGCGCUCUUUGGUGGACUCGCGACGCCCUUUAUGCUUGCAGCGGACCCGGCCAACGCCCURCUGCUGCGAUUCCCGGUGGACGACCCGAACACCCAGCCCCUCAAAAACAAAUACCACUUUAUUCGCGCCGGGACUUCCGAGCUGGAGCUGGAGGGCAUCUACAGCACCAACGCCCUGUUCCUCACCAACCGCGACAACGCCCUCUCGCAGCAGGGAUACGACUGCCUCAGGGACAGUAUUUCCGCCCUCAAGAAGACCUCCCUUCCACCGACGGUCGUCUACCACUCCCUGGCCGCAAACGGAAUGGACACGGGGGAUUACAUCGCCCGAGAACUCCGAUUGGGACGGGACCGAUUGCUCCCGGAGUUUACCUACCUCGACCAGCGCGGGAUCGGCCUGUGGGAUUCCUCCGACGAAACGGUCGUGCGGCCCGCCGUUUGGGCCAUGGAUGCCAUGGAAGCCGGGGUCGAGGGCUUUGGGGCCCGGCCCCCGGCCAACACGGACGGGACCCCGAACGACACCCUCCACGACCAGUUCACCCGCCUCCGCCAGUUUCUGUCCCUCCAGGAAUCCCGGACCGCCGGGGAAAUCAUUCUCGUCAUUUUCCCCGACGGGACCGGCCCGGCCCUGCUGUCGUGCAUGAUCGCGGGGAUUCCCUUCAGGGACGUCCACGCGCUCGAGUUUCAGCCGGGGGAGCUUCGCCWGGACAUCACGCCGGAAUCGGUCCGGGCCCUGUACGAGGAGCGAAAGAACGAUCCGUCCUACCUCGCCAAGAUCGAGGACGGAAAGGAAAAGCUCGGGGAGCUCCGCCAGAUGAAAGCGAAAGAUUUUUCGGUCUCGUUCAAGGACAGCCGGGCCAACGACAAGCAAGAAGAGGACAACCAGGCCUACUACCAGAAACAACAGGAGGUAGCCGUCGCACAGGCAAAGGCCGAGGAGGAACGACGGGCCGCAAUGCAGGAGCAGCUGCGGUUGUCCCGAGAGCGAGCCAAAGCAAAAGAAGAACAAAAGAAGCAGGAAGCACUGGCCAUCCAGGAAAGGAAGGAACAGCGGCUGCGGGAGCAAAAGGCCCUUGCYGACCAGAAGAAGGCGGAGAAGGAGGCUGCCUACGCCGCCAGGAARCAAGCGCUCCAGGAGAAGGCCGAUUCCGCCAAGGCCGAAAAAUCGUCGGUGGCACCGGGAGCGGCACCGGCCGCCCCCUUUGGUCUCUCCCCCAUCGUCCUCGGAGCCGCCGGUGUCGGGGUCGUGGGAAUGGCCGCCGUGCUGGGUGGCAACCAGGAAGAAGACAGCGACGCCAGCGCUGCGGUUCCCGCGGCGAAGAACGGCAACGACGGUGGMGGCGACCAGUCCGUUGCCGCGAGCGCGACGGAUCUUUCGGCGRUUCYKGCGGGCGAGCUCGAGACACCGGCGACCGUCGAUGCGGUCGCGCACAACGCCUCGGCGUUGGCGGCGGAAACGAAGGCGACGUCCACCGAUUCGAAAGCCGACGUCGACGGGGAUGCGGUCGGCGACGCUGCCGAAGCACCCGCGCCGGUUUCGUCAACAAAGGCGGUCGAGCGAAACGAAACGCCCGAAACCCCCCGAGAGACCUCGACAGCAGCAGCAGCGACAAAAACAGCACAGCCGGAGAGACCCAAGGACGCCGAAGAAGAAUUCGCGACAAAGCUCCAGGCCGCGGAACAAGAGAUGAAGGAUGCCCUGGUCGAAGCCGCCGGGGUGAAAGAGAGGAAGCAGAAGAAGCAACAGCAGCAACGCCAAAAGGCAAACCGGCCCAAAUCCCAACCACCGGCGACCGGCAAGAAGGCCACCUCGUCGCUCUUCAACAACGAUCCCCCCGUCACGAUCACCGCCGCCGCCAAGAAGACCACCAAUUUGGUGUACGAGGACGACCAGGACGAUUCGGCCUGGCUCCAGGUCCUGAGCGAGAUCCGGGACGAGGUGGAGGACGAGGAGGAAGACGAGUUYGGCAUGGUCGACUACGCCUCGCUCGUGAGCAACGACGACACGGAUUUCUUUUAGCACCAAUACAAGUACGAGCACUACACAGACGUACCGGUCGUCCAAACCCCAAGAAGCAACCRCAGUCUCGGCCUAUAGCACCGAAUAAAAAUUCCCAAUCGAC